AACUACUGGCUGGAUUACAUGAACAAUAUAUACUGUUUGUGGAGGGUGACUCAUAAUGACUCAAGUGAACCAUGUUUUCUAAUGCCACAUUUCCCACCCAGACACAACAAAUAUAAAAAUCCAAUGUACUGAGCAUAAUAAUCCAUAAACAGAAUGAACCAUCUCCAUCUUUGUCACUCUAUGAGCUUUCGUUUAGCACCAAACACCAUCAGCUGUAAAGAACUGUAUGGGCCUUUCCUGUAGCACCACCCUCAGGAGUUACAUUACACUUGCAUCAUAAAAACACUUCAAGCCAGAAACAAUGUCAGUGUAUGUAUUAACUGUGUGGCUCCUUGCAGACUGCACCCAGGGUUUAAUCUUUUCAACCACAUUAUAAUAUAUUGUUUGUUUGUUCAAAGAAAGCUGUAUUUAACGUGAUGACGUAACAUAAAGGGCACAUGACUAACGAUGGCAGUGUUUGUCUUAAGAGCAGACGUUGCUGUGUAUCCCUGAGCUUUUACAUCACACACCUGUCAACAGAGAGACGGAGCACCGUGAACCAGGAGCAGGUGCAGGCUGGCACGAACAAAUGUCGACGGAAAUAUAAAGUCAACUAGGAAACAAACUUUAUUGUCGAGGAGGCAAAGCAGCGCGAGCAGGAGGAGGUGGAAGUUUAGGACUGGAAGUAUGUCCGCGAACAGCGAGGAGCAGGAAGACGAACUGCUUGCUCUCCAGAGUAUCUUUGAUCCGGAGGAGUUCGUCCGGAAUGAGACGAAGUCUGCCGGAGAAAUCCGAGUGUGUGUUGAGCUUCCUACUGACUUCACUGUGGCUCUGAGAGAAGGUGACUCCCUGAGGCAGUAUGAGAUAUCUUUCCUACCUCCUUUGCUUCUGACCUUUGAACUCCCUGCAGACUACCCAUCCUCUUCCCCUCCCUCCUUCACCCUCACAUGCAGCUGGCUCACAGACACACAGCUCUCUGCACUGGCUGCCCAGCUCACUGAUCUCUACCAGGCCACUGGAGGCGCCGUGGUGCUCUUCACCUGGGUGCAGUUUCUUAAAGAAGAUGCCCUCGGGUUCCUGGACAUCCAUACUCUGUUGGAGCUUCCCUCUGAUGAACACAGCACCCAAAACGAAAGCCAGGACUCACUAAAUGCUGCAGAUUUCUUAAAUAAAGGGAGUGUUUCAGUCUCAGUUCCUUCCAGUUCUUCAGGCCCAUUAGAUCAAAGUGAGCAAGGAGCUUCUUCUCUGCCAAUCCACCCCAGAGAAUCCACUCCAAACAAAGACCAAACCCCCUCUCCUCUCUGCCUGACUCCAUCACAGGCUCUCCUGUCCCAGCUCUUGAUCUACAACGCCACUCAGCAACAGAAACAGUUUGCCACCACAGGGUUUGACUGCGGUGUGUGUUUUAUGCGCCGGCUCGGUUCGGACUGUGUGCAGUUGCCUGAGUGUGGCCACAUCUUCUGCCAGGCUUGUCUCGGCCAGUUCUGUAAGCUCCAAAUAACAGAUGGGAACGUCCAGGGUGUCACCUGUCCUCAGGCAGAAUGCACUGCCACUCCUACGCCUGCACAGGUGAGGAGUCUGGUAGGAGAGGAGCUGUUCAGCCGCUACGAUCGUCUCCUGCUACAGAAUACACUGGACUGCAUGUCUGAUAUUGUGUACUGUCCUCGGCGUUCCUGUGGUUCGGCCGUCAUUCAAGAGAAGUCCAGCAAAGCAGCAAUGUGCUCCGCGUGCAGCUAUGCCUUCUGUGUCGUCUGCAAAAAGACUUACCAUGGAACAGAGGACUGUCAGGGAAAGAAGAAAGUAACAGAAAUAGAUACAGCAGGAAGUGGUGUGGAUCUGCCUCAGUCACAAGAGGGGAUAAAAGCUUUGUGGGACGACUAUAGCACUGGCAGUAAGCAGAGGCAGAAGCUCCUGGAGAGCAGAUACGGUCGCAACACAUUGCAGCUCACUGUGUCGGACUGUCUCAGCGAGAACUGGAAAAUCUGCAAUAGCAAGACCUGCCCUCACUGUUUCUCCAGAAUACAGAAGAACGGAGGAUGUAACAUGAUGACGUGCUCUCAGUGUAGACAGAUGUUCUGCUGGGUUUGUGCCGCCAGACUGCCAUCAGUUCAUGCAGGCUCACAUUUUGCGGAGGGUACCUGCAACCAUUAGUCCUUCAGCUUCUCUUGAACACGACUGUUAUGGGAUUUUUGAAGCUGAUACUGGUACAGAUUUUAGAGGGGGAGAAAUUUACUGAUUACCAAUAUGGCGACAUAUAUAGUGAAUUUUUGAGCUGGAAAAAAAUUUGACUUUUUCUAUGUGAAUGUUGCAAAGAACUGGAAACCACACACAUAAACACACACACAUAGUUUUUACAUCUGUGCAUAUCAGUUCAUAUCAGUCAGACUCUAAUAUUUAUGCUCCUGAAGUUCUCUUUUAACAGACACAUAAAUAAAUGUAAUGCAUUUAUAAAUGUAAAUGUAAAUAACUUAAAAAUCAUGCUUUCUCAUCUGAACACUAAAAACAAUAGAUGGUAUGUGUUAUGUGGUAUUUGUUGGCAGACCAUUACAUGUACGGUUUAGUCACACUUUAAACAAGCUGCUGUUUUAUAAAACAGACAGACAGAGAAGUGCAUUGUUCGUUUAACUUUAGAGAUCUCUGUUUUUAAGUUUAACAUCUUAACAUCACUGAUUUCCACUGAAGCUUUGCAGUCAUUCACAAAAUCGAACCUUGUGACAUACUGUGUCAUGACCAGUAGAGGGCGCUAAAUAACAAGAAUGACAAAACACACUGGCAUAGCUUUACAUGAGAUCUUCUUUUGGUUCUAUCAAGAAAUGCAUUUUGCAGAACAUGACUUAUAGUUCAGUAUUUAAUAAGUCAAACUGUUAUGUGACAUGUUUGCUACCUCAGUUAUGCUCAGGGUAUCUAGUGGUUCUGCAGCUGAUUUAGCUUUCUUGUUUUACUUUCAUGUGUGAUCAUUAAUUAGAUUAUUGGUAUAUAAACUCAGCAAAUAGUAAAAAAUGACCAUUAAAGUUUUCAGUGCCUGUGGAGACCUUUCAAAUAUAUAUUCUUUAUAAAAUAAUCUAUAAUUCUACCAUAUUCUGUUUAUCAGACUAUUUGAGAGGCUGACACCAACAAAACUUGCUUAAAAAAUUACUUAAGCAAUAAAUUGUGUAUCAAAAUUGUUGUAGUUUUUUCUUCUAUUGAUCGACUGAUUGAUUAAGUAACUAAGCGUUGCAGCUCCAGUACCUGGAGUUAGAGAGUUAAAGAGGUGCACUGCAACAUUGUAAAUGUAUUGUAUUUUAAAUAGAUUUCAUGUGGCACUGUAACCACAGCAACUUUGUGUGCUUAACUGUCUUUUUUUGUCCUCUGAGUUACUUUGUUAUUUAAGCACAGAGGAAAAAUUGUGAUUAUCAUACACAGUCAGAGAUAUCAGUUGCAAAGUAUUCAUCUUUAGCCUCCAGCCUCAAACUGGUAAGCUUUUACAUUAUAUGGCUGCAUAUCCAGCUCCAUAUUCUUCAGAAAAGCACAGUACACAAUGAAAGACCUCCUAGGGCGAAUCAUCUUUCACUUUUAUGGCCAUAAAACAAAUACAAUUCUUCCAAAAGAACUGAUUAACAACAACAACAUUUUUUUUCCCCCAUUUCACAUAACACUGGAUGCUUAUACAGCAAACUUGCACACUUUUGUAAAUUAUCAAUGUUUUAUUAUUUUACUAACCAGCCCAAGAACUAUAGAAAGAAAAUAGCAAUUUGCUAAAACCUGCUAUAUUGCAACUCUGCGUUGUCUUCCUGUUUAAAUAAAGAAAAUCAAAAGUUCCUUCAAAGGUCACCCUGCAGGUAGUUCUUGGGUGUUUUUUCUUCUUUUGCAUCUACUCACUGAUUUCCUGUUUUUGAAACAUUUCCCUCCCUUCCUCCACUGCUCUGUCAUAACAGUGGAACAAAGACCACUGUUGCAUGUCCCCAGACUCUGUCUGAGACAUGAUCGGGAAACUACAGCUGUCUUUUAUAUUAAGCCAAAAAAUACUGGCCCUCUCUCUCUCUCUCUCUCUCUCUCUCUCUCUCUCUCUCUCUCUGUGUCGCUAUAUCUCCUCCAAGAAAAAUCCAGCAGUUUCCACACACAGGUCAUCACUUCCUCAUAAAUGUCUAAACAACUGUUUGCUUUUCUGACUCACAGUUCUGUAGUAGGGCCUGGAGGACUGGAACUGGAACUGAAAGUUAAAAUGGGGCUAAGAAACAAUACAGAGCUC